AUGUCUCAAAGGAUCAUAACUGUGUUCGGCGCAACAGGCAACCAAGGUGGGAGCACAGCCAGUGCGAUUUUCAACAACUCCAACUUGGCUUCCAAGUACAAAGUCCGGGCCAUCACUCGGGACCCCUCCAAGCCAGCGGCACAAGCUCUUGCAUCAAAGGGAGCUGAGCUUGCCCAAGCCGACAUCAACGACAUCGAGAGCGUCAAGGCGGCUGUGGCAGGUGCCUACGGUGUUUUCGCGGUCACCAAUUACUGGGAAACCCAGGACAAGAACGCCGAAAUCAAGCAAGGGAAGAAUGUCGUUGACGCGUGCAAGGCAGAGGGCGUGAAACAUCUCAUCUGGUCAACAUUGCCGCACACGGGCAAAUUAACCAACGGCGAGCUAAGCAAGAUUGAGCACUUCGAGUCAAAGGCUGAGGUUGCCGAGUACGCUGAGCAGGUCAAAGGUGACAUGCUCGUCUCGUACUUUAUGCCAGGCUACUUCAUGUCGAACUUGACAAAACAAUUCAAGCCGGACGACUCGGGGAUCCCCACAUUGAGUUUGCCAUGGAACGCAAAGACUACGUGGGUGCCUAUGCUCGAUAUUCAGAAGGAUACCGGGUUGUUCACCAUGGGUCUCCUCGAGGCUGGUACAGCUGCGAACGGUGUCUACGUCCAAGGUGUCAGCGAAUGGCUUCACCCACAAGAAUUCGUUGAUCAACUCGCGACGGUCAACGGCAAGGAUAUCAGAUUCCAGGAGGUGCCAGCUAGUGUUGAGUCGAUAGCCAAGAUCGGCAACAAGGUCGCAGAAGAACUUCAGGAGAACAUGCUCCUCAUCCGAGACUGGAGCUACUAUGGCAAGGGCGCUGAGAAGAGUCAGGCCGAGAGCGACAAGUUCCUGCUCCCAGGCUCGAAAAAGGUCACAUGGAAGGAGUUUGCUGAGAAUAACCAGUGGCCAUUUUGA